AUGUCGAUGUUUUUAAAUCUUUUAACAAUUGGAGAGAACCGAGUUCCAGUAGAUCUUGAAAAGCACAUUCCCAAAAUAUCAUUAGACCUUGCAAACGGGAUUUUGGACGAAUAUUUGCAAAAUAAUACAUUUCAUUCAACUGUUAUCAACGUUGCUCCUCCAGUUUACGUAGUUGGAGAUCUACAUGGCGAUCUCUUUGAUUUAUUAAGAAUAUUAAAUCGAAAUGGAAUCCCACCGAUAUCAAAUUACUUAUUUUUAGGUGAUUACAUUGAUCGCGGAAGAUUCCCUGUUGAAACAAUCCUGUUAGUUAUUUCCCUUCAUAAUCUAUUUCCCCUAAAUUUUCAGAUAUUGCGAGGCAAUCAUGAAGAUCCAAACGUAUGUGAGCAAUAUGGCUUUCAUGAAAAACUCCGAGAGAUGUUUGGCGCAAAUUCCUUGAAACUUAAAUUCUAUACAGUAUUUUCUUACUUACCAAUUGCUGGCAUAAUCGAGGACAAGUAUUUUUGUGUUCAUGGAGGUAUUUCCCGUCACUUAACAAGUCUAUCAUGUCUGACUAAUAUAUCAUUACCAAUAACGGAGAUAACUCCAUUAAUAGAAGAUAUCUUAUGGUCUGACCCUUCAAAUACCAAUGAUUAUUAUACAUCAAACCCUCGAGGACGAGGCCAUCAGUUCGGAUUACCAGCCACAGACUAUUUUCUGCAAAGAUCUAAAAUGCAAUAUAUUAUUCGAGCUCAUACAUAUAUUCCAAACGGCGCAACACUUUUCCAUUCUGCAAAGGUGAUCUCUAUUUUCUCAUCAUCGCAUUACGUAGAAGGCGGAAACGUCGCAACUAUCGUUUACGUCGACGGAAUUCACGUUUACGAGAAAUUGUAUCCGGAAAGCGCAAUGAAGAAAGUUUCUUAUUCAAUUAUUCACCCAGGAAUUGAAAAGAAGUUAUCAGCCACUACAUUUCUUCCUCCACUUCGCAAACCACAUCCGCAGAGCGUUGUUCAGAAGUCAAAGACUGUUUAUAUGAUAUAG